UCAUUUUCUAUGAAGUCAGAUCUAUUUUUUAUUUUGCAUAUAGCCAUCUCUUUUUACCCUCUUUGUUUUCUCAUCAUCAGUCACCAGCUCACUAGAAACAGUCAGUUGAGAAGAUGGAGAGAGUUAUGCUGUUGUCUUUCUCAUGUUUACUGCUACUGUCUCUUGCCGGGUUAGUGAAACCAACAGAACAAGUUGUCCAUGGAUUUAGAUCGUUAAAUUCGGUCAUUGAAAAGAACAUAUUUGUUCUAGCUGGACAGAGUAACAUGUCUGGUAGAGGAGGAGUUGUGAAUCAGACAUGGGACAGAAUCGUUCCUCCAGAGUGUCAACCGAAUCCAUCCAUUCUCAGAUUCAAUUCACAACUCAAAUGGGAAAAAGCUCGAGAACCUCUCCACUUCGACAUCGAUGUGACUCAAACUUGUGGGAUCGGUCCUGGUAUGUCAUUUGCUAAUACCAUCAGAGACUUGGAUCCCAGCAUUGGAAUUGUCGGAUUGGUUCCAUGUGCAGUUGGUGGCUAUCAUGGAACAAAGAUAAGUGAGUGGGAACAAGGAACUUCUCUUUACAAUCAGCUAAUCGAACGAACUAAAUCGUCUGUAACGAAAGGCGGCAAGAUUCGGGCAAUUCUUUGGUUCCAAGGUGAAAGUGAUACGGUUACAUCAGAAGAUGCUGAGAUGUAUAGUAAGAAGUUGAAAAAACUCAUCUUGAAUUUGCGUGCUGAUCUUCAAUUGCCUCAGCUCCCAUUCAUUCAGGUAGCACUGGCAUCAGGUCAAGGACAUUUCCUCGGAACUGUGAGGAAAUCUCAGCUGGAACUAAACUUACCGAAUGUCCGGUGUGUUGAUGCGUAUGGAGUUCCACUGUCAACAGACUACGUCCACUUGACAACACCAGCUGAAGUUCGAGUAGGCAAACUCUUAGCAAAGGCAUUUCACUCCUUCAACAGCGCUUGAGACACAUCGAGGAGGCGUAGGGGUCCAUUUGGGUGGCUGUUGAUUUACGUUUGGACAAACAAUCUUCCUUAAAUUCCAAUAUAUCCUAAAUUAAGACAUUAAUUGCAUCAUGUAUCCCACUCUGAUAUCUUUCUUAAAUUAAUGAAAUAACAUUCUCCUCUUGGAUCA